AAUGGGCAAUGUCUGAGGGAAGCUGUCAGUCAGGUGGCAGUGGAGAAGGCCGGGCUAAGACGUGGCCGGGGGAAGGCGGCUGGCUGUCCAGGCCGUCAGGGCAGCGGUGGGGUCCCUAGCGCGUUCUCGUCUGCGUAGGGGGCUCCGAGUUGCUGAAGAGGCGGGCGCCAGCGGCCGCGCAUCCAUGCCCACGCGCGGGGCGGGCAGCUGAUGGAGCGCGCCACCUGCCUGGGGCCGCUCACGCGGGCACUGCUGCUGCUGUGGUUCGCCUCAGGGCUGGUGGCUGCGGGGCGCGUCCGCGACCUCCCCGCGCCGUCGACAAACGCCGCGUUCGGCCUGGGGGCCGCGGCCGCCCCCACCUCGGCCGCCCAGGUGCCAGUGGCGGGGGCUGUGACUGUUUCGGAGGUGACGGUGGAAGAUGCCGACGCGCUGCCAGCGACCGCGGGCGAACCGGAGCCGCGGGAGUCCGAACCCGAGGACGAGGCGGUGCUGCGGCCCCGCAGCAGAUCAUUAGUAAUUAUCAGCACUUUAGAUGGAAGAAUUGCUGCUUUGGAUCCUGAGAACCAUGGUAAAAAGCAAUGGGAUCUGGACGUGGGAUCUGGUUCCUUGGUUUCAUCCAGCCUUAGCAAACCAGAGGUAUUUGGGAAUAAGAUGAUCAUUCCUUCCCUGGAUGGAGACCUCUUCCAGUGGGAUCGAGACCGUGAGAGCAUGGAAACGGUUCCGUUCACUGUGGAGUCACUUCUUGAAUCUUCUUAUAAAUACGGAGAUGAUGUUGUCUUGGCUGGAGGGAAGUCUUUCACUACUUAUGGACUCAGUGCAUAUAGUGGGAAGGUGAGGUAUAUCUGUUCAGCUUUGGGUUGCCGCCGCUGGGAUGGUGAUGACAUGGAGCAAGAAGACAUCCUGCUUCUGCAGCGCACCCAGAAAACUGUCAGGGCUGUCGGACCGCGUAGUGGCAAUGAGAAGUGGAAUUUCAGUGUUGGCCACUUUGAACUUCGGUAUAUUCCAGACAUGGAAACUAGAGCUGGAUUUAUUGAAAGCACCAUUAAACCCAGCAACAAAGAGCAGUCUAAAAUUAUUUCAGAUGUGGAAGAACAAGAAGCUACCAUGCUCGACACAGUCAUAAAAGUUUCUGUUGCUGAUUGGAAGGUCAUGGCAUUUAAUAAGAAAGGAGGACAUCUGGAAUGGGAAUAUCAGUUUUGCACUCCGAUUGCUUCUGCCUGGUUGGUUAAGGAUGACAAAGUCAUUCCAAUCAGCCUUUUUGAUGAUACUAGUUACAUAUCUAACAAUGAAGUUUUAGAAGAUGAAGAAGACAUUGUAGAAGCUGCGCGAGGAGCCACAGAGAACAGUGUUUACUUGGGAAUGUACCGAGGCCAGCUGUAUCUGCAGUCAUCUGUCAGAAUUUCAGAAAAGUUUCCUACCGGUCCUAAGGCCUUGGAAUCUGUCAAUAAUGAAAAUGCAAUUGUUCCUUUGCCAACAAUCAAAUGGAAGCCCUUAAUUCACUCUCCUUCCAGAACUCCUGUGUUGGUGGGGUCUGAUGAAUUUGACAAAUGUCUUAGUAAUGAUAAGUUUUCUCAUGAAGAAUACAGUAAUGGUGCACUUUCAAUAUUGCAAUAUCCCUAUGAUAACGGUUAUUAUCUACCAUACUACAAGAGGGAAAGAAGCAAGCGGAGCACACAAAUCACAGUUAGAUUUCUGGACAACCUGAAUUAUAACAAGAAUGUCCGCAAAAAGGAUCCUGUCCUCCUCUUACACUGGUGGAAAGAAAUAAUUGGAACCAUUCUGUUCUGCAUCAUUGCCACAACCUUUAUCGUGCGCAGACUUUUCCAUCCUCACCCUCACAGACAAAGGAAAGAAUCUGAAACCCAAUGUCAAACUGAAAGCAAGUAUGAUUCUAUAAAUGGGGACUCCAGUGACAGCAGCUGGAAUGACAUAAAAAGUUCCGGAUAUGUAUCACGAUAUCUAACAGAUUUUGAACCAAUUCAGUGCAUGGGUCGUGGAGGGUUUGGAGUUGUCUUUGAAGCUAGAAAUAAAGUAGAUGACUGCAACUAUGCAAUUAAAAGGAUCCGCCUCCCCAACAGGGAACUGGCUCGGGAAAAGGUAAUGCGUGAAGUUAAAGCAUUAGCCAAGCUUGAACAUCCAGGAAUUGUCAGAUAUUUUAAUGCCUGGUUAGAAACACCACCAGAGAAAUGGCAAGAAAAGAUGGAUGAAAUCUGGCUGAAAGAUGAAAGCACGGAUUGGCCACUCAGUUCACCAAGCCCAAUGGAUGCACCAUCAGUGAAAAUCCGCAGAAUGGAUCCCUUCUCUACAAAAGAACAUAUUGAAAUCAUAGCUCCUUCACACAGAAGUAGAUCUUUUUCAGUAGGGAUUUCUUGUGGCCAGACAAGUUCAUCUGAGAGCCAGUUCUCUCCGCUGGAAUUCUCGGGAAUUGACCAUGGAGACGUCAGUGGGUCUGUGGACCCAGUAUACAACCUCCAGGACAGUUGCCUUACAGACGGCGAGGUGCAAGAUGGCACGAUGGAUGGCAAUGAUGAGGGGCACUCCUUUGAACUCUGCCCUUCUGAGGCCUCUUAUGUAAGGUCGAGGGAGAGAACCUCCUCUUCUAUAGUGUUUGAAGAUUCGGGCUGUGAUAAUGCCUCCAGCAAAGAAGAGAUCAAAAUGAACCGACUGUAUGUUGGCAACCAUUAUGCUAAUAAGCUAACUGGGUUCAAGCAUUCCAGUAGCAAGUCUUCUUCUGAACCGACUUUGUCUGUUUCUCCUCCGAGACCAACCACUUUAAGCUUAGAUCUCACAAAAACCACUGCAGAAAAACUCCAGCCCAGUUCACCCAAGGUGUAUCUUUACAUUCAGAUGCAGCUGUGCCGGAAGGAAAACCUCAAAGACUGGAUGAACAGGCGAUGUACCAUUGAGGAAAGGGAGAGGACCAUGUGUCUGCACAUCUUUCUGCAGAUAGCUGAGGCUGUGGAAUUCUUGCACAGUAAAGGACUCAUGCACAGGGACCUUAAGCCGUCCAACAUAUUCUUUACGAUGGAUGACGUGGUAAAGGUUGGAGACUUUGGGCUGGUGACUGCAAUGGACCAGGAUGAGGAAGAGCAGAUGGUUCUGACCCCGAUGCCAGCUUAUGCCAGACACACAGGACAAGUCGGGACCAAACUCUAUAUGAGCCCAGAGCAGAUUCAUGGAAACAACUACUCUCACAAAGUGGACAUCUUCUCUUUAGGACUGAUUAUGUUUGAAUUGCUGUACCCAUUCAGCACUCAGAUGGAGAGAGUCAGAACCUUAAGUGAUGUGAGAAAUCUCAAAUUUCCAGCACUGUUUACUCAGAAAUACCCUCGUGAGUACGCGAUGGUUCAGCACAUGCUCUCACCAUCCCCGGUGGAACGGCCUGAAGCUACAGACAUCAUUGAAAAUGCGGUAUUUGAAGACUUGGAACUUCCAGGAAAAACAGUGCUCAGACAGAGGUCUCGCUCCUUGAGCUCAUCCGGAACAAAGCACUCAAGACACCCAAGCACCUCCAACAGUCCUUUGCCAAGCAAUUCGUCUUAAAUUGUGCUGGUGACCCUAGCAGGUAAUAGAUAGCCCACCUCUCUGGAAUAUGGCUUUCCAAAAUUGAGGACUUGAAAAUUUGGAUCUUUGCUCAAUCUUAUUUUUUGGACUACCUUUUCUAAGUCAAAUUUAAACUGGAUUUUGGGGCAUAGCCUAAUUUGAGCCAACUCUUGAUUUUUGCUGCAUUCCAGCAGAAGACUGUCACUAGACUUUUCAUGUGCAGUCCUUUUUCUUCACUGGUCUCUUGAAAUUGGCUGGCCAAACUCACUAGCCCUCGCCUUUUGCCUAGGGAGGUUGACUCAAUCCCUAAAAUAUAUGGAGAGAAUUAAAAUGGAAAUAUUUUUAUAGUACAAAAGAACAGCAGUCCCCAUAGCUGCUAAUAUAUUACGUUAGAAAUACGCUUCCUAGAAAUAGGACGAUGAUUUUGAAACUGAUUCUCAAAAGCCUUGACUCCAUUUUGUUCCUGCUGGGUAAAUUAGUAAUCUGCACUAUUUUGGAAGACAAAUAGCACAAAUUACAUAACGGGUUAUGUGUAUAGCUAGUUUUAUAGUGAUAUUUGUAGCAUUAAAUAGCUUUAUUCCUUAGACGGUUCUAGGGAAAGUUUCAGAGCUUUUUGUACUUUUACGUCCAAUAAAGGAAAACUGAAACUUUUUAAUGUAAAUGGUCAAAAGUUCUCGUUUGGGGAGGAAAAAAAGCCGUAGUAAGAAAUUAAUCCAUAUUUUAACUAACUUCUUCCUUUAUGGACUUUUUAAACCUAAUGAAAUCUUAAAUGUCUUAUAUGUAAUCUUCUAGGUUGGCACUUCCCCCGAACUGAUUCUAGAUAGCAGUGUAAUCAUCUAACUUGACUACCUACCAUGUUUUCAUUUUUCUCUGUACAUAUGUGUAUUUUUUAUUUAUAAAAAUCCUGAAAUCAAUCCAU